AUGUCGUCGAACGGCGCAGUGCCAGCGAACGGCAAUGCCAACCAACAGGCUGCGGUGAACGGCCUUCUCGAACGUGAUUCGAACAACGGACGCGUUGCGGUUCACCAGUUUGACCCAGAUGCGACCCCGGCUGAGAAGGCCGCCUCCGCAGGCAAGUCUCGCGACAAGCUCAAGAGUGCCAACGACCAACCAGGGGCAGGCGAACAAGAGGUUCACAUUGAUUCCGGAGAAUCCAAUGUCAUACCAACGAUUACAAUCGAAGAUCACGACACGGAGACACCAAAAAUCACAGCCAAGGACGUUUCGCCAGCAACCGUAGCAGAUGUAGCAAAGGACGAGAGCAGCAAAGUACCUGGGGCUCUGCCAGAAGGACGUGCACCGGAAAUUCCGGACUGGUAUAAGGUUGGUUGGAGGGCAACCUCGGGGAUAGAUAACCUACCUUUGGAAGAGGGCGAAGAGAAAGAUAAAGGUGUUCUGGCUAUGUUCCUUUCAGAGCAGUAUUAUGGCGACUGGUACCACAACGCUGCCAUCAUCUUCUUUGCUGUCUUCGCAUCACAUUUCAUGACACGUUUUAACUUUGGCUGGGGAUGGUUGCUUAUCACGUUGGCUAUAUGCAACACCUACUACAGCACCUCUCUGGAACGUGUUCGGCGACGUGCACGCGACGACAUCCAGCGCGAACUCGUUAAGACGCGACUUGCAUCCGAACAUGAAUCCGCGGACUGGAUAAACAACUUCCUCGACCGUUUCUGGCUUAUUUACGAACCUGUCUUAUCUGCUACGGUUGUCUCAUCCGUUGACCAGGUCCUCAGUUCGAACACCCCGCCAUUCCUCGACUCUCUGCGCCUGUCAACCUUUACGCUGGGAACCAAGGCCCCCAGAAUAGACAAAGUGCGCACAUUCCCAAAGACCCCAGAUGAUAUCAUCAUGAUGGACUGGGGCAUCUCGUUCACACCCAACGACACGUCCGAUAUGACAAAACGCCAAGCGGAAGCAAAAGUGAACCCCAAAAUUGUCCUUUCCGUGCGCGUUGGAAAAGGUAUUGCGACCGCUGCCAUGCCUAUUCUGUUGGAGGAUAUAGCUUUCUCUGGUUUGAUGCGCAUCAGGUUGAAGUUGAUGUCCAAUUUCCCGCAUGUCCAAAUCGUGGACUUCUGCUUUUUGGAAAAGCCAGUAAUCGACUAUGUGCUUAAACCUAUUGGCGGCGAGACUUUCGGUUUCGAUAUCGCCAAUAUUCCGGGGUUGUCAUCGUUUAUCCGCGAAAUGACCCAUGCGACGCUGGGACCUAUGAUGUACGACCCGAAUGUCUUUACCUUGAAUCUCGAGCAGUUGCUGUCGGGUACCCCUCUGGAUACUUCUAUCGGUGUCCUCCAGGUCACUGUUAACUCCGCACGCGGUCUCAAGGGAAGCAAGAUCGGUGGAGGAACGCCGGAUCCUUACGUUUCUCUUAGCAUUAACGCCCGCGAGGAGCUCGCCCAUACCAAGUACAAGCACAACACGUACAACCCGAGCUGGAACGAGACCAAGUUCCUGCUGAUUCGGUCGCUCGGCGAGACUCUGUGCUUCAAUGUCUACGACUAUAACGAUCAUAGACGUGAUACACUCUUGGGUGUCGCGAACUUUGAUUUGUCGAAGUUGAUCGAGGAUGCCACUCAGGAGGGUAUCGUUGCUCCCAUUCUGAAGGAUGGGAAGGACAGGGGAGACCUCCGGUUUGAUGUAUCCUUCUUCCCCGCGUUGAAGCAAGACGAGGAGACUGCGGAAUCGACUGUUGGCAUUGUUCGGUUGGUCCUGCAUCAAGCGAAAGAACUCGACGCCACGAAGUCGCUAUCGGGCGAUUUGAACCCUCUGGCCAAGGUGUACGUGGGAGGCAACGCCACAGCUGUGCACACCACUGCUCGCUUCAAACAUACCGUCAACCCGAUUUGGGAGUCGGCGCACGAGUACCUCUGCUCCGACAAGUCCAACGCUACGAUCACAGUGAAGGUCAUCGAUGACAGGGACUUCUUGAAGGAUCCUAUUGUCGGGUACUUGUCUAUCAGGCUGCAAGAUUUGUUGGACAUGAAGGGCGAGGCGGGGAGGGAUUGGUUCCCGCUUAGUGGGUGCAAGUCUGGGAAGCUGAGGAUGAGUGCGGAGUGGAAGCCGUUGAAUAUGGCUGGAAGUCUGCAUGGUGCGGAUCAAUACACGCCGCCGAUUGGUGUUGUGAGGCUGUUCCUGCACAAGGCGACGGAUGUGAAGAAUGUUGAGGCAGCUUUGGGUGGCAAGAGCGACCCGUACACACGCGUUUUGGUGAAAGGCGUCGUCAAGGGCCGCACUGAGGUCAUCAACAAUAACUUGAAUCCCGUCUGGGAGCAGUUCGUGUACAUACCAGUACACUCACUCAGAGAAAACUUGCUCCUGGAGUGCAUGGACUACCAACACGUAACUCGGGAUCGUUCACUCGGUUGGUGCGAGUUGAAGGUAGCUGACCUUGCCAAAGCAUCAGAAGAUCCCCGCUACCCCUACGAGUCCGUUGGCGUCGUCGAAAGGCAGGAUCCUCUUCAUUUGGACAAGAACAUCUUCAAGGGCCAUCUCCACUACGUUGCACAGUUCGUCCCUGCUUUGGCGCUGAAGGGUGUCAAGUUCGAUACGAAGACCGACGAACGGUCUCGUGUCACUCAGGCUACUGAUGAUGACGAGGAUGGAGGCUCUAUUGACGAUGGGUCGUCUGUGUCCUCAUCUGACGAGGAGAUGCAGGCAGUGCCUGAGGGUAUUACGAUCAAAAAGGAGACGCUCUCUCGCCACAAGCAGAAGAAGUCGGUCGACUCCGUUGGUACAACCGGGACCACUGGCACUGGAGGUACCGCCAAUACAGACACAGCUGUAACAACACCCGAAGUCCAAGACCCAUCGACCGACGUUGUUGAGCUGUCGAAGGAAGAUCUCCUGAAAGAGCAGUCUGGCAUCAUCAUCUUCAACGUGAUAUCUGGGCAGCUGGCGAAGAAGGGUCGUUUGGAGGUUCUUCUCGACGAUGGCUAUUGGCCUGCCUUCAGCACCGUCAGAGCGAGGAGCACGCACACUGCCUGGGAGUAUGUUGGGGAAGGCUUUGUAAAGGAGCUCGACUUCGGGCAGGUGUUGUUCCGCUUGAAUGAAGCUGACGAAGGAGAAAAGGACGAUAUUGUGGCUGAAUGGAAGGGCAAGGCAAAAGACUUCUUGGAUUCAACACUUGUUGGCCCUACGAAGUUCACUCUCGCGGAUGAGAAUGGCCGCAAUACCUCCACGGUUGAGGUCGAAGCUCGCUACGUGCCUGUUCCCGUCAAACUAGAUCCUCGCGAGAGCAUAAACAACCAAGGUAACCUUCGCGUCGAGCUCCUGAGUGGGCACGACAUCGUGGCUGCCGAUCGUGGAGGCAAAUCCGACCCCUAUGCUGUGUUCACUCUCAAUGGCCAGCGAGUUCACAAGUCUCAGACGAAAAAGAAGACGCUUGCUCCGGAAUGGAAUGAGAACUUUGUCGUUGGAGUGCCUUCACGAGUGGCCGCCGACUUCACAGUGGAAAUAUUCGACUGGAACCAAAUCGAGCAGGCGAAAUCCUUGGGUAUUGCCAAGAUCGACCUUGCGGAUAUAGAACCUUUCACCGCCAUCGAACGAACGCUCAACUUGACGUCCAACAAGCAUGGCGAGAAGGGGCAGAUCCGCAUACGGCUAAUGUUCCAACCAGAAAUUAUCGCCAAGUCUCGGAAGAACACAUCCACAUUCUCUACCGCUGGGCGCGCGAUGACACAGAUUGGUUCAAUACCUCUUGGUGCCGGCAAAGGCGUGUUCCACGGUGUUACCGGUGUCUUCAAACGAAACAAGGAUGAUGACUCGGAGCCAGAGAAUGACGCACCUUCGGGGCAAGCAUCUCAACCAAUCCCAACCGGCAACGGAGAGAAUGGGAAUGGCAACUUCACGGCAUUCCCGACAUCGGAUUCCGGGGCUUCGAUUGACAACGGCGGCGGUGGCGAACCUGGCACGUUGAGGGUGACCGUCCUCGACGCGAAGGAUUUGCCAUCGAACGAUUACAAGCCGUACGCGAUCAUUCGUAUCGGGGACAAGGAAGUGAAAACAAAGCAUACUGGAAAAACGGCCACGCCUGAAUGGAAUGAAUCCUUUAUUUUCACGGCGGGACAAUUUACCCCCAAGUUAUUCGCUUGGAUUCAUGAUCACAAAACGAUUGGCAAGGACAAACUGCUAGGUGAUGGCGAGGUCGACAUCUGGCGACAUAUCCAGCCCAAUGCCUUGUCUGCUGCCGAUGUACUAUUAGAGCUACGCGAGGGCCAAGGUCUACUCCGCUUGCGCCUGGAAUUCGACCCAAAUACCAACCCUCUCAGCAGUAGUGCUUCUGUACAUUCUGGUGAUAACCUCAUGUCACGGACAAUGUCUAUUGCUUCUCCGUCGAGGUUUAGCCUUCGAGGUAGAAGGCCUGGCGCUGAUAGCGAUGAUUAG